UUCUGUUGUCAAGGAGUUCAUACUCUGUUGGGGGGGGGGGAGCAUUGCAACAAUGACACAGACAGAUUUCAUGUGGAGAUGGAGGGUAAUGGUGACAAAGCAAAAAUAUAAAGUAAGCAACCAAGGAAAAUUUGGGGACAUAAGAGAAUGUCACUGAACUCUGCUAAUUAAAAGUUGCUUUUAAUUUUGUUUUUUUUAGUGACCCUAUGAAAUGAACCAAGAUUCCAUGAGUGAAGAGUUUAGGACUCUCUCACUGUAGCAGGGAACUAAUAAAACUAGUUGGGCAACAUGAAUUAGAGCAUUAGCCUGGCCAGCUGGUCGAGUACUUUAGUGCACCAAUGAAAGUGAAAAAAUCCAUUGAGAGCAAGAGUGAUACAAUUAUAAAUAAGCCUGAGGCAGGGGGUGGGUGGUGGUAACAUCUUCUAUGUUCUCACUAGGCACAUUUUCUCAUUAAGCCAGAUUCUAAAGCAGGUGGGAUUAUCUCAGGUUCUGUCCAGCUUGAAUGACUGAGGGAACAUAUUAUCCAACAUGAGUCUGGAGGAGGGUAUACAUUAGGAGAUAAAUGUGCCACAUUUUGAAUGAAUAUACCACAGGCAAACAGGCUCUUGAUAAAUCUUAUUUCGUUGUAGUGAGCUUGUUGUAGCAAAAUGAUUCUGGAGAACUUUUUCUUCUUAGAGAAUGAUGACCCCAACUACAAGACACUUCAAUGGCUCCCACUUCCAGGUCACAGAAUUCAUUCUCAUGGGACUUCCAGGAAUCUAUAGCUGGCAGCAUUGGCUCUCUCUACCCCUAGCCUUACUCUACCUCUUAGCCCUCAGUGCCAAUCUUCUCAUCUUUAUCACCAUCUGGAAGGAACCCAAAUUGCACCAGCCCAUGUACCAGUUCUUGAGCAUCUUGUCUAUAGUGGACAUGGGACUGGCCACCACAAUUAUGCCCAAGAUAUUGGCCAUCUUCUGGUUUGAUGCCAAGUCCAUCAGCCUUCCUGAGUGCUUUGCUCAGAUCUAUGCCAUACACUGCUUUGUGGGCAUGGAGUCUGGCAUCUUCCUCUGCAUGGCUUUUGACAGAUAUGUGGCUAUUUGCCAUCCCCUCCGCUACCCCACCAUUGUCACAAACUCUUUUGUCUUUAAAGCCACAGCAUUCAUGGUGCUCAGAAAUGGACUGGGGGUCAUCCCAGUGCCUGUACUAGCUGCUCAGAGAGAUUACUGCUCUUCAAAUGAGAUUGAACACUGCCUGUGCUCCAACUUGGGUGUCACCAGCCUAUCUUGUGAUGACAGGAGGGUCAACAGCAUUUGCCAGAUGAUCAUGGCCUUGCUGGGAAUGGGAAGUGACUUAAGCAUGAUCAUCCUUUCCUAUGCCUUCAUCCUCCAUUCCGUGCUAAAACUGAAUUCUGCAGAAGCUGCAUCCAAAGCUCUGAGCACCUGUAGUUCCCACCUCAUCCUCAUCCUCUUCUUCUAUACAGUUAUUGUUGUUCUUUGUGUCACUCACCUGGCAGGAAGAAAGUUUCCCCUGAUCCCUGUGCUUUUCAAUGUGUUGCACAACAUCAUCCCCCCAGCCCUCAACCCUUUAGUGUAUGCAUUUAGGACCCAAGACCUCAGGUUGGGCUUCCAGAAGGUCCUUCUGACAGGCAUAAAGAGCAAAUGAGCUCAGAGCAAAAAAGCUUAUGGAGUCAAAUUUCCAAUGUAUACAGUCUCCAUCUCCUACAGACAAGUUCAAGUCCAGUUAGAAUUUUUUACUAUAUGAGCAACUCUUUCCAUGUCCCACAGUGUUUUCCAUAGCUUCAGAGAAUUUCAUGGCACCUAGGAUUCAUUUUUGUCAUCAUGUCAGAAUACAACAUGGGAAUUCCAUCAUGGGGUCCUGAUGACA